GCCUGAUCCAACCACUCCAUGCAAUCCAUCAUGAUCCUCCAAUAGAGCUCCCCUCCAGCUCCAUAAGUUACCCCCUCACCCCAUGGCCAUCUCCGGUCCAUCGUAAUCAGCCAGCUGGCAUCUCGAGCAUCGGCGCCUCUGUCUCCCACAUGCUCUAUCCUACCGUUUCCGCCGACACCCGUUUCCGCGACUGAGCCCAGACGCGCCGCUGAGUGGCUUUCAGCAUCCACCUCCACCCCGGCGCUGGCUGGACAUCCGACGUCACCAUGGCCGACUCCUCGCCGCGAGCUGUCCGCUUCUCGGGCACCGAAGACGAGGCUCGCCUCGAAAAGAACAAGAGCCACCGGCGCGAGGCUUCGGGCGAGUCCAAUGGCGACCCACGCGCCACCGAGCGUUACGACGACAUUGGCAGCAUCGCUCGAUACGCCGAAACAGCGAGCCAUACCGGAUCGAUGACAUCUCUGCCUCCAGGGACGGGCAGUAAUGGCACCACAAAAAGUCAACGUAACAGUGCUGGUGAUGAGACUGCUCCCUACACCAAUGGAAGCUGGCCGCAGCGGCCGUUGGGACCGACGAGGACCCCAUCGAACACAUACAAUCCCGCGACCUCAAGAAUGCCCUGUUAUCCGCAGCCAACACCAGUUUUUACCGAAUCCAUCCGAUCGUCAUCCAAGACACGCCCACGACAAGCCGAUAGCAGGUUCCGUGCGCAGGAGCGAGCAUACGUGCAGAAGCUUCGCCAAGAUGUCCCUGGCGAAUAUUUCGCAUAUCAGACGAUGAACGGGAACGACUCGGACUCUGAAGGAGAGACUCCCUCAUCCGAAGGUCCAUUCGAGGAUCGAUUUGACCAGGAGACCAUCAUGUUCUACGGCGACGAUAACCUUCAACCAACUGAAGAAGACUUGAAGGAUCCAGAAAACCGCGAAAGGCUCGAGUGGCACGGAAUGUUGGAGGCAGUCUUGACCGGAGAUGUCGUCCGACAGGAGAAAAAGCGACUGAUCGGAUCCUCAGAUCAACAAGUCGGCAAGACAGCUCAUAAAUCAGAACUAUGGCUGGGCAUUCGUUCCAAAGUCUGUGGCAGGCAUGUUCCCGUUCAGCGACGUAUGGUUGAGGAAGCCCGUUCUACUCUGGACCGCACCCUAGAAGAGAUCAUAAACUUCCAGGUCAAGGGUGAGAGCGAGGUCGGGAAACCUCCAUACGAGCAAGUCAAGGACAUGGUGGAGAAGAUCGAGAAAUGCGAGGAUCUCUACCCUUCCUGGCAGUCUCUGGCUGCAGAGCACAAGGCAGCCGAUACGCCCUUGUUCAAUGAGGCAUAUGGGUCGAUUAUGUCGUGGUACAACACCAACGAGAUGAUCAAUACCGAGCUGGGCAUUUUGAAGAAGUGGGUUGGAAAUGACGAGUUGGAUUUCACUCGGACGAAACAACGCUCGCCAGCCGUAAACGGCAUCAGCAGCGAUGAAACGUCCUUCCUUGAUCGGCUGAUGAAAGAGGACGGCCUUCAAUCCCUCUACGACGAUGACAUCCAUUCUACACAGAAGGGAAUGCUUGUUCCAAUCUCCACCAUCAUUAGUAAAGCCAAGGACACCCUCAUCAAACAUUCGGCACCAUUCCGCAAACGCCACCUACCACCCUACUUGGAGGAGCUUCUGACAUUGAUCAGUUUCCCGUCGCGUCUCAUUGAAGAAAUUACCCGGACACGUCUUGCUUAUGCGAGGAGAGUUAAGGAAUCUGCUCAGCAAAACCCACUCAUGCAAGACCAAAUGAUAGCUCAGUUUCAGCUCCUCCUUAAGUUCGCCAUUCGAAUCAAGUUGGAAUGCACCUCUAUUGCCAACCCAGAACCUGGUUGGGAUCUGCCCCCCUGCAUCGACGAGUCCUUUGACCAGGUCGUUUUGGAGGCUCUGAAAUAUUAUUUCAAGAUGCUCAACUGGAAGCUUAGUGGCAACAAGAACACCUUCAAGGAAGCCGAACUUUUGUUCCAAGAAUGGGACUUUGCCAAUGAUAUUGGCAGUCACCUACAACGCGGCCAUAUCGAGGUUGCGGAACAAUUCAGCUCGCUCACCUUCAAAGCCUUGAACCGACUCAGUCAAACCUUUGAGAAGGAGUUGCAGGUGAAACCCAAGGAAAGCCCUGCAGAAAUGAGCAAGCGAUAUAAAGCUUGUCUCGAUUCCGUCCGCGUUCGGCAGAGAAUGCUCCAACGAUUCUCUCGCAUGCUGAGCGACAACUACGAGCACGCUUCGGAUUUUAGUAUUUCAUUCCCCCCAGAGGAGAUGCAGAAGUUUUACGAUCAGCUGGUUGCGUCGGGACACUUCCAGGUAGAUACUGGCGGUGUUCUUGAGCAGGACAACAUUUAUGUCAUUGCAUCCCCGGAGCUUCGUCACAGGCUUGAAGACAUCCAAAUCAUGAUGGCCAUUACGUCCAAGGACCAGAUCAGAGAAGUAGGAGAGCAAUAUAUACUCAUCCUACGUCCAGAAGACCCUCUGAAUUGGUUCGGAGAGGUUAUUCCCGUGCCGCUACGAGAGCAAAGCGUUGAUCUGAAGCGCGGGCACAUUCGUCUAUGUGCUUCGGCCCCACAAGCUUUGUCUGAAGCUCGGCGCGCUUUCCUCGACGCUGUCGACAUGCAUGUCGAUCUUGUGCAGGAAUCAAGAUCUAACAUUCACAAAGUCAACACGCGACUGACUGAGCUGAGGAGAGUUGCAUACAAGCUCUCCAACACCUUCAUGGACAGUGUCGAGAUUGUCCGAAGGCAAGCUGCGGGCAAAGAUUGUCAAGAGCUCAUCCAGACUUGUUUCGUCUUUGCGACAGAAUUCGGUCAGCGAUCAUUGCUCUACAUGGAUAGCAACAGGCGCCAGAUGAACAACCUCAAGCUGACAAAACUGGCACUGGAUUGGGUGAGCUUUAUUUGCGACGACUGUGUGGCCUCGGACCGGAAGACCUUUCGUUGGGCGGUCCUGGCGCUCGAGUUCGCCAUGGGCAUGACCUUGGGACGCCAUAUAAUAGCGCUCGGCGAGGAUGAGUACGCAAAACUCCGAUCCAAGGUUGCGGGCUGUAUGGCCUUGCUCAUUUCCCAUUUUGAUAUCAUGGGUGCAAGGUCGAACCUGGCUGCUCAAGCCGAGAAAGACAGGAUUGAAGCGCUGGUGGGACAGUUCAGGAAACUCGACAAGAAUAGAAUGUUGAGCGACGAGGAAGCCUCCAGAUGUAUCACGGAGCAACGCAUGGAGGAACUGGAAAAGCUGGAUGACUUCCGUCGAGACAAGGAGGCUGAACGACAGGCACUGGGACGGGUGCUCGAGGGCAACAACGAAGUAGACCGUUCCUUGGCCUACCUGUCGUCAUCUGCGACAAAUGUCACGAUGCGCUGGCAACAGGGCCACUUUGUGGGAGGCGGAACGUUUGGCAACGUCUACGCGGCAAUGAACCUCGACACGGGCCAUUUGAUGGCGGUUAAGGAGAUACGACUCCAGGAUCCUAAACUAAUCCCUACCAUUGCCGAGCAGAUUAGAGAGGAAAUGGGCGUGCUCGAGGUCCUAGAUCAUCCCAACGUGGUAUCAUAUUACGGCAUCGAAGUUCACCGAGACCGAGUUUACAUCUUCAUGGAGUUCUGCUCGGGUGGGUCACUGUCUAAUCUGCUGGAACAUGGACGAAUCGAGGAUGAACAAGUCAUCAUGGUUUACGCUCUCCAGCUGCUCGAGGGUCUCGUUUACCUUCACGAGAGUGGCAUCGCUCAUCGAGACAUUAAGCCAGAAAAUAUCCUCCUCGACCAUAACGGCAUCAUCAAAUAUGUCGAUUUCGGCGCCGCCAAGGUGAUUGCUCGCCAAGGCCGUACGUUGGCAGCCGACGGACACGGUAGCUCACAGCCGAAUCGGUCGAUGACGGGAACGCCGAUGUACAUGUCGCCCGAAGUGAUCAAAGGAGAGAACCCUGGAAAGCCCGGGUCCGUGGACAUUUGGUCUCUUGGUUGUGUUAUCCUAGAGAUGGCGACCGGCCGAAGACCAUGGGCCAACCUUGACAACGAGUGGGCAAUCAUGUACAACAUUGCGCAAGGAAACCCACCUCAGCUGCCAUCACCGGAACAGCUAAGCCCUCAGGGCAUGGAUUUCUUGAAGAGAUGUUUUGCACGGGAUCCUCGAAACCGAGCAACGGCCGUCGAGCUGCUUCAGCAUGAAUGGAUAAUCUCGAUUCGAAGUCAGGUCGUGGAACCAGCUACUCCCAGCGACACCAGCGGAUCCGCCCAGUCAACUCCGACGGUAGCUUCUGUCUCAAGCAGAGGAGGAAGCCUAGCCGACGGGUUCUACUAGAGGCUAAUAUUCAAAUAUACCUCGUUGAGGACGAUGAUUAUAUAUUCGUUUGUGGGUUCUUCAACUAGUGUACUCAAAACAUUAGUGCUAAGACGACGCAUGAGAGCACGGCAUUUUCCUUGAUCUUUUUUAGGGGGAUAUCUGAGAACCAUCAGGGCCAAAUUUGUGUGAGCGAUGAGUUCGGAGUUGGCUAAUUACGCUGUUCUACGAUUGGGCGCGGGGAUGGAACGUUGGGGAGGGAGAACGGAAUGGAUCAAUGAUGGUCAUGACGGCAAUAUCGGACCAGCGAAUACGAUUAGAUACGAGAUACCAUCCGAUAAUGCAGGGUACAUAUAAUAAUUGAGUGCUGCUAUUCACACAUUG